AAAGGGGGAAGGCGUGGUUGCGUGGGUUUUGUCUUGGAGGAACGCUGUGCCGCAGUCAUUUACAGUAAAUUGCUUCAAUACACACCCACCAAACGUACCUCAAAGUAUGUUCAAGAUUGUUUUAGGGAAACGUGUCGUUCAGUACAAACCGUUAAACAACGUAAACGUUCAAUCGAACUGAACGCACCCCUGAGUAUCCUGGGAUGACUGUUUCCGCCUCUAGCCAGCUGUCCGAAUGAAUGAGGCGGAGGAUCUCCAUCAUUGCUUCUCAGUGAUAUAACAGCAAGGAUAUUAAUUUCACUAACAGUAUCUUUAGAUAUCACAAUGCAGACCCUCACACCCCACGUGUAUUGGGCACAGCGGCAUGGAGACAUCUACCUGCGUGUGGAGCUGAGUGAUGCUAAGAAUCUUGAUAUCUGCGUGCAAAACAACACCCUGCAAUUCAAAGCUCAGGGUCAUGGAGCUAAAGGAGACAAUGACUAUGAGUUCAGUCUGGACUUCCUGGAACCAGUAAAACCUGAGGUUAGUCACAGGUCGACCCAGCGCCUGGUAAAUGUGACAGUGAGGAAGCAAGAGCAGCGUUGGUGGGAUAGACUCACUCUGCAGGAGAGGAAACCUCUCUUCCUGACGCCAGACUUCGACCGUUGGCUCGACGAAUCAGACGCGGAGAUGGAGCUUCAGGCUAAGGAAGAGGAGAAGAUAAACAAGGUCAGCAUCGAGUCAAGAAUCCAUAAAGACCCCUACCUGGGUCUGAAGAAGGGCUAUCUGUUCAUGUACAACCUGGUCCAGUUCCUGGGAUUCUCCUGGAUCUUUGUCAACAUGACCGUCCGUCUCUUCAUCCUGGGACAAGACUCGUUCUAUGACACGUUCCACACCAUUGCUGACAUGAUGUACUUCUGUCAGAUGUUGGCCGUAGCAGAGGUCAUGAACCCUCUAGUGGGUCUGGUCAAGACAGGGGUGUUCCCACCUAUGAUCCAGGUGGUGGGUAGGAACGUAAUCCUGUUUGUGAUCUUCGGUAGUCUGGAGGAGAUGCAGAACAAAGCAGUGGUCUUCUUCGUCUUCUACCUCUGGAGCACCAUAGAGAUCUUCAGGUAUCCAUUCUACAUGCUGGCCUGCAUCGACACAGACUGGAAGCUGCUGACCUGGCUCAGAUACUCCAUCUGGAUGCCCCUCUACCCUCUGGGGGUCCUGGCAGAGGCUGUAGCUGUGAUCCAGUCCCUGCCUAUCUUCGAUGAGACCCGUCUGUACAGCGUCCCUCUACCUACGGUCCUGGGCUCGUCCGUCAGCUUUUCCUUCACUCUGAAGAUCUACCUGGUCCUCAUGUUCCUCGGCCUGUUCAUCAACUUCCGCCACCUGUUUCGCCAGAGGAGGAGACGAAUGCGCUCCAGGAAGAGGAAAAUGAACUAACGGAUAGAAAGACAAACCUCACGAUCUUUCCAGUCUCACUGCUGGUUGCCUUUUCACCUAUCUCCUCUCUCCUCACCUUACACCUCUCAUCUGUCCUCCCUCCCCUCUCCUCUGUCCUUUCUCUCCUCUCCUCUCCUCUCUCCUUACACCUCUCUCGUCUCUCCUCCCUCCCCUCUCUGUCCUGUCUCUUCUCUCCUCCACUGAUAAACAACCAACCACAUCCUCCUCUUCUCCUUUUCCUGUGGAGGUACCUCCUCUAACAGACACACUCAUCUUCCUCACCCAGUCUGUCCAUCAGAGGUACCUCCUCUAACAGACACUCAUCUUCCUCACCCAGUCUGUCCAUCAGAGGUACCUCCUCUAACACAAACACUCAUCUUCCUCACCCAGUCUGUCCAUCAGAGGUACCUCCUCUAACAGACACACUCAUCUUCCUCACCCAGUCCGUCCAUCAGAGGUACCUCCUCUAACACAAACACUCAUCUUCCUCACCCAGUCCGUCCAUCAGAGGUACCUCCUCUAACACAAACACUCAUCUUCCUCACCCAGUCCGUCCAUCAGAGGUACCUCCUCUAACAGACACUCAUCUUCCUCACCCAGUCUGUCCAUCAGAGGUACCUCCUCUAACAGACACUCAUCUUCCUCACCCAGUCUGUCCAUCAGAGGUACCUCCUCUAACAGACACUCAUCUUCCUCACCCAGUCUGUCCAUCAGAGGUACCUCCUCUAACAGACACACUCAUCUUCCUCACCCAGUCUGUCCAUCAGAGGUACCUCCUCUAACACAAACACUCAUCUUCCUCACCCAGUCCGUCCAUCAGAGGUACCUCCUCUAACAGACACACUCAUCUUCCUCACCCAGUCUGUUCAUCAGAGGUACCUCCUCUAACAGACACUCAUCUUCCUCACCCAGUCUGUCCAUCAGAGGUACCUCCUCUAAGAGACACACUCAUCUUCCUCACCCAGUCUGUCCAUCAGAGGUACCUCCUCUAACACAAACACUCAUCUUCCUCACCCAGUCCGUCCAUCAGAGGUACCUCCUCUAACAGACACUCAUCUUCCUCACCCAGUCCGUCCAUCAGAGGUACCUCCUCUAACAGACACACUCAUCUUCCUCACCCAGUCUGUCCAUCAGAGGUACCUCCUCUAACACAAACACUCAUCUUCCUCACCCAGUCCGUCCAUCAGAGGUACCUCCUCUAACAGACACUCAUCUUCCUCACCCAGUCUGUCCAUCAGAGGUACCUCCUCUAACAGACACUCAUCUUCCUCACCCAGUCCGUCCAUCAGAGGUACCUCCUCUAACAGACACACUCAUCUUCCUCACCCAGUCUGUCCAUCAGAGGUACCUCCUCUAACAGACACACUCAUCUUCCUCACCCAGUCCGUCCAUCAGAGGUACCUCCUCUAACAGACACUCAUCUUCCUCACCCAGUCUGUCCAUCAGAGGUACUUCCUCUAACAGACACUCGUCUUCCUCACCCAGUCUGUCCAUCAGAGGUACCUCCUCUAACAGACACUCAUCUUCCUCACCCAGUCUGUCCAUCAGAGGUACCUCCUCUAACAAACACUCAUCUUCCUCACCCAGUCUGUCCAUCAGAGGUACCUCCUCUAACAAACACUCAUCUUCCUCACCCAGUCUGUCCAUCAGAGGUACCUCCUCUAACACAAACACUCAUCUUCCUCACCCAGUCUGUCCAUCAGAGGUACCUCCUCUAACACAAACAAGUGCAUUCAAUUCAUACCCUCUUUCUGAUUUAUAUCCAUGUCGUACUGUUAGUAUUGACAGAUACAUGUCAUACUGUACUGUUAGUAUUGAAGGAGCCGUACUAUAAACGGUUCUAGCGUCUCUUGGCCAGACUAAACAACGUAUGUAUUUUCUGAACACCAUUUUGCAGCUACUGUAAUCCUCAUAAUGGACCUGCCUUCACUUUGAAUUCAGGAAGUGAAAUGAAAACUUGUUUUGUUAUAAGUUGUUUUUUAAAGGCCCAGUGCAUCAGAAAUAUACAUUUAUAUAUAUUUCCACACUGUGAGGUUGGAAUAACACUGUGAAAUUGUGAACAUUAUCAAAAUGUCCUUUUAGUGUAAGAGUUGUUUGAAAAGACUGACAUUUCAGCCUGUUUUGGCAGGAUGGAGUUAUGGCCUUCCACGGUGACAUCACUAUGGGGUGAAUUAGUUAAUAGACCAAUAAGAAAGAGAGUUCUAAACCCCUCUGCCAAUAACAGCACAUUUUCAGUUUUCCCCUCCCCACUCAGACCACUCCCCAAACAGACCUAGCUAAAUUGUUGCUUGAGAAAUUGCCUGUUGUUAAGAAUCUACUUUUUGUUUAUUUUUGACCAUUUUAAUUAAAAUCACAGUAAGCUACUUAAUUGUUACCCAGAAAUGAUUUGAUAUUGACAUAAAACACCUGCAUUGGACAUUCUUUAUUUUAAAUAUUGCUUUAUUCCUAAAUGAACUUUUGUAUGCCAACAGUGUUUCUCAUGCAGUAUAGAAUCAAGCUGCAUUCUGGGAUGUAAAGCUACUGUUAUUCUCCAGUGAUGUUAUAGUCCCCAAGAUAUCUUCUCAUGCAGUAUAGAAUCAAGCUGCAUUCUGGGAUGUAAAGCUACUGUUAUUCUCCAGUGAUGUUAUAGUCCCCAAGAUAGCAUGAUGGAGAUAGUAGAUAUCGUUGCUGUGUUGUUCAAAGGCUCACUGAUCUGUGUCUGAUGACAUGGUUAGAGUUGCGUCCCGACUCUCCACACUUCCUGUCAUCAAAACAGACAAAGAGAACCAGUCAGAGCCCAGAACCUCAGGGAAAUGGACGUUGUUAGAGAAUUAAGGGAAGAUGAUUACUGUCUGGAAUCAUGUGUUUUAUUAAAAGGUUUUGAAUGGUUGAAGGAUAAAUUAUAAUGUGUGAUAUUAUAAUAACUAAUAAAGUUGUGUGAAAUAAA